CACGCUCUCCAACCAAACCAUCUCUCUCGCGUCCAAAUUCCUCUCCAGUUUUCUUUCUUUUCAUCCUGAACCCCAAAUUUCUUCCCCACAGAACACCACAAAAAUCAUUCAAACAGUGCUCCUGUCCUGAGAUUUUAUAAAAGAAAAAGGAGGAAGAUUCGUGGAUGUGAUUUAUGCCCUCGCAUCUGGCGCUGCUGUCGUGCCUGCUGGUGCUGCUCCUCUCCCUCGACAAGUUCCUCCUCCACUACCUCAAGCGCUGGCUCUCCGGCGGCGGCGGCAGCAUAAUCCCCCGGAUCCCGACCGGCGCCUUCAGGCCGCGCUCGCACCGACCCAUGGCGGCCGCCGGCAGGUGGAGCGAGACGGCCAUGCUCGUCAUCGACAUGCAGAAGGAUUUCGUGGACCCGGCUAUGGGCAGCCCGGUGCUGGUCGCCGGCGGCGAGGCCGUGGUCCCCGCCGUCGCUGAGGCCGUCGCCGUGGCGCGGGAGCGCGGCAUCUUCGUCGUUUGGGUUGUCAGAGAGCAUGACCCUUCUGGAAGAGAUGUUGAACUUUUCCGCCGACACUUGUAUUCUGGAGGAAAGGGUCCGACAGUGAAAGGUUUGAAAGGUGCAGAGCUGGCUGACGGGCUUUUUAUCAAAGAAGGUGACUACAAGUUGGUGAAGACAAGAUUUAGUGCUUUCUUUGCGACGCACCUUGAUUCCGUUCUUAAAACACAAGGAAUAAAGAACUUGGUAGUUGUUGGUGUUCAAACGCCAAAUUGCAUUCGGCAGACUGUCUACGAUGCUGUGGAAUUGGACUAUGAGAAAGUUAUUGUCCUUAUUGAUGCAACAGCUGCUGCUAGGCCAGAUAUCCAUUUGGCAAAUAUCAGAGAUAUGAAGACCAUCGGCGUGGAAACACCAACCUUGGAAGAGUGGCGCCGUUAAGCUUGUGGGUGGUGUACUUCAUUCUUGGCACGAAGUGACAUGCAUAUGUGCAGUAGAGGCAACAAAUGCGCUACCACCUCCUUGCUCCCCAUUCAGUCCCGACAAAUGUAAAUAUGUUAAUAUUUGCAUGGUUACAUAUAUACAACUUCUAAUCCGUCCUACAUAGAGUUAAUCAUACAGUGUCAUGUGGUUUCCCUUUAUAUGUGGUGGACUUUAGGGAUCUAGUGUAAGGUAGUAGCCAACUCCAGACCCAGAACAGGGCGAUUGGAAGGUGCUCGGGUUGUAGAAAUUUUUGGUCUUUUGGAGAACGGAUGGUUUGAGAUGCCAGGUAGAUGUUAAAACAUCAUUUGCAUAUGAAUGCACAUCAGUUGCAAUGGUUGAGUAA